CCCUGCAUCCACUGGGACCACGUCCUUCCUUUUCCCAUUUCUUUAGCUCCCUCCACAGCUGUGGUAGCAGAGGAUGCUAAUGGCCCAGGCUCCCUGGGGCCGCCACCCCAUGUGUGAUAGUGGUGGGGGGUCACCGGGGGUGGCCGGGGCUGGAGGAGGAGGGAGUUUGAGUGUUCAACCAGGACAGGAAGGGAAUUGCUGAGCUCAGGGAUCCCCUCCCUUUCCCACCCCCAGCUGCCUCUGUUUCCUCCCUCAUUCCCCCGCUGCCCUCCCUCAGCUUCCUGCUCCCUUUGGCCUGCCCAUGUCUGGUUUGGAUUGAUCCAGACCUCCUCUUGCCACCCUCCUUUCCUUCUCACUCCUCCAUCCUUCCCUCCCACUCCCACUUUAUUCCUCUCCAGAUUACUUGUUGUUUGUACCGGGGCAGGGGGGCAUGGAUCUCUCUGCCCUGUAAGAGUUCAGGGUUGGGGCAGUGCUGGAGGCUUAGCCCCUCAGAGCCUGUGAGUCAGCACUGUCCUCGGGAUUGGUCUCUCCCCUUAGCUCCCCGCCCCUGGGGAGGAGCCAGUCAGCUCUAGGUCCAGCCCGUUCUCCUCACAGCCAGAGAAGAGGCUCCACGCUGGGCGGGGAUGGGGCCUGAAACUCUCUGGGUCUGAGCCCGGGGAGCCAGAGCCACUUGUCCCUCUCCCUCCCCAGGACCCUUGAGAUCCCUGGGCCAUAGAGGUCCGAUCAGGCUAAGGGCCUGGGAUGCCCCCUGCCUGGCCCCCUUGCCCUGACUGGCAGGGGGGCCAGGCUGGGCAGCAGCCUCCCUCUCACUCCAGCCAUGGAUCUCCUGCCCCCCAAGCCCAAGUACAACCCACUUCGGAAUGAGUCUCUGUCAUCGCUGGAGGAGGGAGCUUCAGGGUCCACCCCACCGGAGGAGCUGCCUUCCCCAUCAGCCUCGUCUCUGGGGCCCAUGCUGCCACCUCUGCCUGGGGACGAUAGUCCCACUACCCUGUGCUCCUUCUUCCCCCGGAUGAGCAACCUGAAGCUGGCCAACCCGGCCGGGGGCCGCCUGGGGCCGAAGGGGGAGCCAGGAAGGGCAGCCGAGGAUGGGGAGGGGAUCGCAGGGGCAGCCAUGCCGGACUCAGGCCCCCUGCCCCUCCUCCAGGACAUGAACAAGCUGAGUGGAGGCGGCGGGCGCAGGACUCGGGUGGAAGGGGGCCAGCUGGGGGGCGAGGAGUGGACCCGCCACGGGAGCUUUGUCAAUAAGCCCACGCGGGGCUGGCUGCAUCCCAACGACAAAGUCAUGGGACCCGGGGUUUCCUACUUGGUUCGGUACAUGGGCUGUGUGGAGGUCCUGCAGUCAAUGCGCGCCCUGGACUUCAACACCCGGACUCAGGUCACCAGGGAGGCCAUCAGUCUGGUGUGUGACGCUGUGCCGGGUGCUAAGGGGGCAACAAGGAGGAGAAAGCCCUGUAGCCGUCCACUCAGCUCCAUUCUGGGGAGGAGUAACCUGAAAUUUGCUGGAAUGCCAAUCACUCUCACCGUCUCCACCAGCAGCCUCAAUCUCAUGGCCGCAGACUGCAAACAGAUCAUCGCCAACCACCACAUGCAAUCCAUCUCCUUUGCGUCUGGCGGGGACCCGGACACAGCCGAGUAUGUCGCCUAUGUUGCCAAAGACCCGGUGAAUCAGAGAGCCUGCCACAUCCUGGAGUGUCCCGAAGGGCUUGCUCAGGACGUCAUCAGCACCAUUGGCCAGGCCUUCGAGUUGCGUUUCAAACAAUACCUCAGGAACCCGCCCAAGCUGGUCACCCCCCAUGACAGGAUGGCUGGCUUUGAUGGCUCAGCUUGGGAUGAGGAGGAGGAAGAGCCACCUGACCAUCAGUACUAUAAUGACUUCCCUGGGAAGGAACCCCCUCUUGGGGGGGUGGUGGACAUGCGGCUUCGGGAAGGAGCCCCCCCGGGGGCUGCUCGACCCACUCCACCCAGUGCCCAGACCCCUAGCCACCUGGGAGCCACGCUGCCAGUGGGGCAGCCUGUUGGAGGAGACCCAGAAGCCCGCAAACAGAUGCUGCCCCCGCCACCCUGCCCAGCAGGCAGAGAGCUCUUUGAUGAUCCCUCCUAUGUCAACGUCCAGAACCUAGACAAGGCACGGCAAGCAGGCGGUGGAGCCGGGCCCCCCAAUCCUGCCAUCAAUGGCAGCGCGCCCCGAGACCUCUUUGACAUGAAGCCCUUUGAAGAUGCCCUGCGGGUGCCUCCACCUCCCCAGUUGGUGGCCAUGGCUGAGCAGCUCCGAGGGGAGCCCUGGUUUCACGGGAAGCUGAGCCGGCGGGAGGCCGAGGCACUGCUACAGCUCAACGGGGACUUCCUGGUGCGGGAAAGCACGACCACGCCUGGCCAGUAUGUGCUCACUGGCCUGCAGAGUGGGCAGCCCAAGCACCUGCUACUGGUGGACCCUGAGGGUGUGGUUCGGACAAAGGAUCACCGCUUUGAGAGUGUCAGUCACCUCAUCAGCUACCACAUGGACAAUCACUUGCCCAUCAUCUCUGCGGGCAGCGAACUGUGUCUCCAGCAACCUGUGGAGCGGAAACUGUGAUCUGUCCCAGCUCUCUCUCCUAGAAGAUGCCCUGCGACCCCUUCCACCCUAUUGCCCGACUCUCAGGACCUCACUUGGGAGUGUUUUGUGGGCUUGGCCUUGUGUAGGGCUGGGGGUAGUGUGGACAUUGGGUUCAGCAUCCAGCUGAGUGAGAGGGUUUGAGUCAGGAGCCAGGGGUAGAGUCCUGUUUCUCCCCAGACCUCACCAAAGUAUUAAUGUACAGAGUGGCCCCCUUCCCUGGGCCUUUCCUGUGCCAACUUGAUACCCCCUUCCCCAGGGUAGGUGCUGGAGGCCUGGGCAGUAUGCCUCCUUGUAAUGGAAAAUGUCCUGUGGUGAUAGGCCCAGUGGAGCAAUCACCCUUCCAGGGAAGGGGGAAUGAAUCACACCUUUAGUCUACCCCUGGGCUCAGGGUACCCCAGACCCCUCUCAACAACCCUCCCUCCCAGCGUUUAAACUUUGUGCCUUUGA